CGCGAGCCACCAUCUGUCUUGCUAGUCACGUGACCUCAAUCAGCUGAUGAAUUCGGGAGCUGCAGGAGAGGCUGCGGUCGGCAAAAUGGAAGGGGCACUGGAGACUCAUUUGGAAGAUACUAUGAAGAAUCCCUCCAUUGCGGGAGUCCUCUGCACCGAUUCUCAGGGGCUAAAUUUGGGCUGUCGUGGCACCCUCUCAGAUGAGCAUGCAGGUGUAAUAUCUGUUUUGGCCCAGCAGGCAGCAAAAUUAACUUCUGAUCCAACAGAUAUUCCUGUUGUAUGUCUUGAAUCAGACACUGGCAAUAUCAUGAUCCAGAAGCAUGAUGGCAUCAUAGUGGCAGUACAUAAAAUGGCAUCUUAAUCUUGAACAUUCACAGUAUUAAUUGCUCUUCAAGAAAUCACUUUUGUGGAACUGUCUUCUGCCAGUUAAUACAAAUAGGAUAUCCAAGCUCAUGAAGCCAGAACCUAAUUGAAUCUGUCAAUAUCUUCACUUGCCUACCUUGGUACAGAUUGUAUCUGCAGAACUUCCAUUGUUUCAUCAUUUGAGUAAUAAGCACUUUUUUAUUGCUGGAGAGACAGCAGCUUAACAGAUGGCCCUAAUGUUAGAGGAACUGAAAAAUGUGUUGAGGACAAGUAAUGCAUUCUAUCUUGACUAAAUAUUGUGUAUCUACUUUGCUGUAGCAGAAGAAUCUGUUAAGGAAAUCGUCUUCCUUAGCUCAUUGGAACUACAAAUAUAUUUCAUCUCAAGCUUGGCUCUUGGUGACUUACGUGGCUAUAUUUAGGUAGCUUUGUUGCCAUCAAAUGCAAGAGGUUGACCAUUGCCGCCUUCUCUGAGAUACUUUUCAGUUUUUCACUUUAUAGCUUUGGAUUUCCUAUCUCAGUCCAAAUACUAAUCAGGACCAAUUCGAGAUAACUUUCUAAAUCAGUCAAGGAUGGUCAAAUAUUGCCACCUUGCCAAAAAAAAGCCAAAAAAAAGUAUUGCCACCUUGCAUAUUGACAGAUAUUUAAAGGAGUUUGAUAAUAACAGCAAUGUGUUUUUUGCACUAUUUUCUAAAGAGUAACCUAGAAAAUAAAUGUGAACAACUUCUUCUCUAAUCAGCUAUUACCUAAUGUCAUGGUCUUUAUUGUGAUUGAUGAGACUAUCACAUUCUUUUAUGUGCUGGCUACUAAAAACACCAACAGGAUCAGUACUAAGCAUGGAUGUUUCUUGCCCUAAAUUUUAAGAUGUAAAUUUGCAUGCUUAUACUUAGAGAACAGUUCAUCAGUAUUAAACCCAAGGGAUGCAAUUCAAUAAAGUUUUGGGACUGGUUCUAAUUCUGUUUGAAUAAAAACAAAUUGCCAAGAAAAUAGAGCAAGGGAACCAUAUGGUAUAGGGCAGGGGUAGGCAACCUUGGCUCUUUUAUGACUCGUGGACUUCAACUCCCAGAAUUCCUGAGCCAGCAUGGUCCACGAGUCAUAAAAGAGCCAAGAUUGCCUACCCCUGGUAUAGGGAUUAUUUUUAAAUACAACUUUACUAAUACUUUCUAUCCAAGUAAAAACCACAUAAAUCCUUUCAGUUACUCUUAAAAUUCUGGUGCUCCAAAAUUAAAAUACUUAGCAAGAGAUUGAAACAAAUCUGGUGCCCUUAGUUUUCUGCCAAAACAGUAAUUAUUUGGCAUUGUGAGAGUCCAGCCAAAGGAAAUACAUUUUUAAAAAAAUGGAAAUAGAAGCUGGUGGCAAAGGAUUAUUAGAGCUAGAAACAGUCAAUUAUGUUAUGUUUUUACAACAUGCUACUUAGGGUGCGUGAUUGAAAUCUACUUUGCUGGCUAGGUUGGCAUUAAUACCCUGGGCCAUAAAUUAGCCAACCACAUUUUCAUAUGUUCAGCAAAUUCAGCUACUUGGUAAAUACACAUCACUAGGAUGGGUAAAAUGUGUACAGAAGAAAGGCUGGAAAGCUUAACAAAUUUACUGUAUAAGCUGCAGAACAGGUUUUGCUGCCAUCAUACUACUGAAUUACCAGUUCAUAAAGAAAAAAAUACACUACCUAGGUCAGACACAUCAACCUUGCGAUGUCACAUGAUGUUGCGCAAUGUAUCGGUACGGUUUUGCCAUUGUCUGCAAUGGGGUGGACGUGGCUUCCCGAUGACACGUCCGGCCUGCAGGCUGGCAGUUUGACACCCCUGACCUAGGUGGAUGACUCAUAGCUCAAGAUUGAAUUGUGAAAUCCUUGUUUUCUGAGUUUGGUUAUUUGCUUGCAGAUAUUUUAAUAUAUCCAGUACUAGAUAACAGCAUCAGAGCACUAAGGGCUCCACAGACAUUCAGAAGAGUCUGCAUUCUCUUGAAUAUAGGCAGAACUCUGCAGAAUCCAAUAUAAACAAAUGUCCCUUCAGACUCCUUCCCCAAUGUAUACAGGGGAAAGCUUACAGGACUUUAUUAGAUUCUGAAAUAUUCUGUUGCUCCCUUCCUUUCAACUUUAAAUUGUAAUGGUAAAUAAUAGUAAAAUCAUCCAAGAUUGUGGGCAAAACAGGCAAGAUUUUGUUUUUUGGAGUAUGAGACUGACACACUGACGAUGUGGAUGACUACAGAUGUAGUUAGCUCUGUAUAGAAUGCUAGUCGGAGAUAUGAUUCCCUGAAUUGGGGUACUAGACAUCUGGAUGAGUAUUGUGUCCUUUGGACAUUUAGCUGAAGCUGAAGCUGCCUGUUCCUUACUGCAAUGCACAUAUUGGUGUUGUAGUUAAAGGGCUUCAUUAGCUUGCAAUUAGUUUCUGCAGAAAGGAGAAAAGUCAAAAUUAUUUAUACAAUUACUAUUUAUACAAUUUACCACAGCAGUAAACUACUGUUUACAGCAUAGUACUACUAUCUUGAAGUGUGCAUUCACACCAAGGAUAAAAUAUCAUCUAACCAAGCCUUGGCUCUGCUGCAAUAUGACAUCUACACUGUAGAACAUCGUAAAUCCAAAUCACCAGAGGUUUUUUAUGUAUUAAAAGAAGGAAAGUUAAAUUUAAGUCUGCACUAGUGGUUUUGUGUCAAGCCAUUUCCAAAACUACUUUAUAUCAGCAAGAAAAGUAAAAAGUCACAACUUCUCUAGAUACGUAAUCCCUUAGCUCGGGAAUUCUGGGAGUUGAAGUUACCAAAUUUGAAAAACACUAGGUUAGUCUAACUGGCUUUCAAGCAAUUAUUUUUAAAGGGCCGUAGCUGAUAAUAACCAUCUCUCAGGAAACUGAAGCCUUAGCUUGUGGAAAUAGUUUUUGAUUAUUCAAAUGUAAAACAGCAGAGUAUUAUUAUUUUAAAGUCUAUUAAAACCAUGAAAUAAAAGAAAGUACAAUAUCA